ACCAUUUGAAAUCAUUCAUCCACUACUCCAACCAUAGUGUAAAAGUUCAUCCUUCAUCCACCGACAUGAUGACAUCCCUUUCAAACAAACCUCUCUUCAACCAAUUCAUUUUAUCUCUAGCCUUCUUCCUCCUUGUUGUCAUCAUCCUUGAUUUCAUUUGUUCAUCCACUGCUUCUGUUUCCUCUGUAACUUCUCCUUUCGUUCACACUAACAAUAAGGUUAAGGUAGCAGAAGAAAGAAAGGAUGCAAAGGAUCUUUUGAAAUGGAAAACCAACCUUCACAGUAAAAGCCAGUCUUUCUUGUCCUCUUGGGCUGGAAGCAAUCCUUGCAAUUGGGUUGGAAUAAAUUGCGAUGAGUCUGGAAGCGUCACCCAUCUAAACCUUUCAAGUCACAGUUUGAGAGGUACUCUUCACAAUCUAAGCUUUCAUUCCUUCCCCAAUCUACUCAGUGUUGACCUUUCUUACAACUCACUAUUUGGAACCAUCCCCUCAAAUAUUGUUCACCUCUCUAAACUCUCAAUUCUAAACCUUUCUUAUAAUCAAUUCGUUGGGAGAAUUCCAUCUGAAAUAGGCCAAUUGACAAGGCUUCACAACUUUUACCUCGCUGCAAAUCAUAUGAGUGGCCUUAUCCCUCAAGAAUUAGGAGGAUUAACUUCUUUGAAUGAACUUGAUUUAUCGUCAAAUAAUCUCACAUGUGUCAUCCCUGCUUCUCUUGGAAACUUAAGCAACCUAACCACUCUAUAUCUUUAUGAGAACCAACUUUCUGGUUCCAUCCCUCAAGAGUUAGGAAUGCUAAGUUCUCUAAUAGACCUUGAGUUAUCAACAAACAAUCUCACAGGUACCAUCCCUACUUCUCUUGGAAACUUAAGCAACCUAACCACUCUAUAUCUUUAUGAGAACCAACUUUCUGGUUCCAUCCCUCAGGAAUUAGGAAUGUUAAGUUCUCUUAAUGACCUUAGGUUGUCAUUCAACACUCUCACAGGUACUAUCCCUGCUUCUCUUGGAAACUUAAGCAACCUAACCACUCUAUAUCUUAAUGACAACCAACUUUCUAGUUCCAUCCCUCAAGAAUUAGGAAUGCUAAGUUCUCUAAUAGACCUUGAGUUAUCAACAAGCAAUCUCACAGGUACCAUCCCUACUUCUCUUGGAAACUUAAGCAACCUAACCACUCUAUAUCUUCAUAAGAACCAACUUUCUGGUUCCAUCCCUAAAGAAUUAGGAAUGCUAAGUUCUCUAACAGACCUUGAGUUAUCAACAAACAAUCUCACAGGUACCAUCCCUACUUCUCUUGGAAACUUAAGCAACCUAACCACUCUAUAUCUUCAUAAGAACCAACUUUCUGGUUCCAUCCCUCAAGAAUUAGGAAUGUUAAGUUCUCUUAAUGACCUUAGGUUGUCAUUCAACAGUCUCACAGGUACUAUCCCUGCUUCUCUUGGAAACUUAAGCAACCUAACCACUCUAUAUCUUAAUGACAACCAACUUUCUGGUUCCAUCCCUCAAGAAUUAGGAAUGCUAAGUUCUCUAAUAGACCUUGAGUUAUCAACAAACAAUCUCACAGGUACCGUCCUUACUUCUCUUGGAAACUUAAGCAAGCUAACCACUCUAUAUCUUUUUGAGAACCAACUUUCAGGUUCCAUCCCU